AUGGAUAGAGUAAAAGUAUUUCUGAGAGUGAAGGGCGACAAAAGAGACGGCGUUUUUUCUUUUUCCGACCAUUCUGUUCUGGACACUUCGGGCGUGUAUGACUUUGACAGGAUAUUUUACGGUUUUGAGCAGGAAACAGUCUUCAAAAGCAUCUCACCUAUGAUUGAUAUGUGCAUGGAUGGGUACAACAUGACAGUGUUCACAUACGGCCAGACGGGAAGCGGAAAAACAUACACAAUGGAGGGCACUCCUGCACAUCCCGGCAUCAUACCGCUAAGCAUCAGAAAAGUCUUUGAUAAGAAGGUAAGCUCGCUCUCCAUAUCUGUUGUGGAGGUGUACAAUGAAAAAAUAUUUGAUCUAGUAUCAGAAAGUGCACUGACCGUCAGAGAUGGGAAGAGCGGCGUGGUGCUAGAUGGAGUAAGAACAGUCGAGUGCCAAAGCGAGCAGGAUGCCAUGCAGGUCUUUGAGAAAGCAUCUGAAAAUAGGCGCACUGGAUCGAACGGAAUAAACAGCAAAAGCAGCAGAAGCCACAUGAUCUUCACAAUGUGCAUAGUGAAAGAGAUGGAAGGGUUCAUGAUAGAGUCAAAAAUCACCCUUGUAGAUCUAGCAGGCUCUGAAAAGAUGGAUCUUGAAAAUGCGAGUGAUAGCAGCGAGUAUGCAGUAAAAAAACAGAAACUGUCAAAUAAGUCAUUGGAGACAAGCAAUAUAAACAGAAGUUUGCUAUACCUUAGCCGGAUCAUAAGCACGCUUUCUUCAGAGAGUAGAGCUAGACACAUAAACUACAGAGACUCAAAGCUGACUUUUAUCCUUCGAGACUCGCUGAGCCAGGACUCGAAUCUUGCGAUAAUUGGAACAGUGGAGCCAGAAGACCAGACAGAAACAAAAAGCACAAUCAAUUUCCUAUCAGCAGCAAAGAAGAUAAAACUAACUCCAAAGUCAACAGCAGACGAAAAGACAACAGAAAAGCUUAUAUCGCAGAUUCGGCAUUUGAGCAGCGAAAAUACAAAACUAAAAACACAAAUAAAGUCUCUGCUAGAUGUUCAAGAGAGAGCGCACUCUUCCUGGGCUCUGGAAGCACUCGGUGCAGCUGCAGAGACAAUGCAAAAGAUGAUUGCAAAAACAGAAAGAGCGAAUCAGCGAGUAGAUGGAUUUGAAAAACUCUUGAAAAAAGUAAGAGAGGAGAACAACUCCAUAGGCAGUCUUCUUUUCCAAAAGCUGCUGGACUUAAAGCUAAAAGAAAUAGAUGAGAUUGACGCGUGUUUGCAGCUUCCGCCAUGCAAGAAAUAG